AUGAUAACCUCUGUAUGCAUCGAGGAAGCUCAUCCUUCCAUGUCCCAAUGUGGCGCCCACGAGCUGGGUCACCACCAGAGUAUCGUUAUGUGGAUGUUGGACUAUCUCCAAGUCUUCAUCCGUGAAUGUGACCAUCGACUCCCGGAAUUCAUUAAACCAUCUUCAUCAACACCUCCUCACCUACAAACCUUGAGACUGUGUCUAGACCAAAAUGGUGGCCUCGGUCAUGUGCCAAUCAUCUUAUACUAUCCCAAGAGGGAUGCAAAUUUCAACGUCAAUGAGAAACUGAUUAAUCAACUCAAGGAUUCGCUCUCGGAAACACUGACUCUCUUCUACCCUCUUGCCGGAAGAGUCAAAGAUGACGGCCUCUCCAUCGACUGCAACGAUGAGGGCAUCUUGUUCUCAACGACCCGUGUCAACUGUGACAUGGCCGAGCUGCUUACUGCACAACCACCCAAUCUUCUUUCUUUACCCCGACUUCUUCCAGUUUAUGUAAUCCUUGAUCCACGCGAUAAGGCAGUUCAAGUUGCUAUUCAACUCAACAUAUUUGCUUGUGGUGGGUUUGUGAUCUCAGGAUGUUUUAUGCGGGUGAUGCUAUGGUACAUUUAG